AAACUCUAGCGGAUCCCACUUAAUUGACCGGACGAAUGGUUAUAGAUGAAUUGCUUAAGUCGGUAAUGAAAAAACCGGUUUAUAUAUCAUUUCUCUUGUUUCUCUGUAGGGCAAAAUAUUCCAGACUCUCAUGGCUUCAGACUUUGGGUUGUCAAUACAAAGUGAUGUUCCGCCAGGAUUCCAGUUUACACCGAGACCUUGGCUUGAUCUCUAUGGGGUUAGUAUCAAACCCUUCAUUCAUUUCGGGAGUGUGGCUAGUAAGCCUUUCAGUGACCCAGCUCUCAUACACCGUAGCUUACCUGACGAACUGCUACAUGAGGUCUUUGCAAGAAUGACACCGUAUAGCUUAGGCAGGGCAGCAUGUGUCUGCCGUAAAUGGAGAUAUACAAUUCGAAAUCCUGUAUUCUGGCGAAGCGCGUGCUUAAAGGCGUGGCAGAUAAUUGGAGCUGCAGAAAAUCACAGGAUUUUUCAGUCUACUUACCAGGGGUCAUGGAGAAAAAUGUGGCUCUUACGACCUAGAAUUCGUACUGAUGGUCUAUAUGUCAGUAGAAACACCUAUGUUCAUUGCGGAACUCCAGAAUGGAAGACUUCAAAUCCAGUUCAUGUGGUCUGCUAUUUCCGUUACAUUAGAUUUUAUCACAGCGGAAGAUUCCUCUACAAGAACUCUUCUCAAAAAGUAAAAGAUGUCGUGAAGUGCAUGAACUUCCGUGCACCUAAAGCUGAUUCUGUAUAUGGUGACCGGUACACUCUGUCGGACGAUAAGGUUGAGGUUGCAAUUAUGUACCCAGGAUCACGUCCUACUGUGUUGAGAAUCCGCAUGAGGCUGAGAGGGACAACCGUGGGGGCGAACAAUCGGAUGGAUUUACUAUCCCUUGUUACAAGUGGCGUGAAUGAGAAUGAGCUUAGUGGAAAUGAAGAUAAUAUUCUAGGGGUUGUUGAAGGUUGGCAGGAGGAUGAGACACACGACCCUGACGUUCCUGCAGUCUCUCACAGAAGGGGAAUGACUCCUUUUGUCUUUGUCCCUUUUGAGGAGGUGGAAACCACAGUUCUUAACCUCCCUGUAGAGAAGAUGGACUAUUUUGUAACUGGUUGACACUUGGAUCUCGGAGGCAUCUUCGACUUGUAUAUAUGUAUCAAAAUAGUCUUGGGUUCAAGCCUUGUGUUGUACCAUUUAUGUUAUCAUGUACUAUUUAUCCCGUAGAUCUUCAUGUAUUUUAAAGGUUGUACUGGUAUGCUUUGUUAACUCUCUGGUUUAUGAAUUGGCGCAGAAGCAUACCAUUCAAGGUUUUUUCGUGUUUCAUUAAAUUGUAUAUGUAGCGAACUUUAGAUUCAAUAAACUGUGAGAUGUUUUGUGGAUCUUCAUUUCA